GAGAUAGACAAAAGAGAGAGGAAGACGAAGUGUGUGCUGUGUGUGUGUGUUUGCAAGAGCGCUUUAUCACAAAUCAGAGUUGUCGGCAUUUGCAGGAACUUUAUGGGGCAAGAGUUCACCGCGUCGUCUAAAGUCGGGGAGUUUCUCCACAUCAGAUGAAAGCUGACGAAGUUUUACGGGCGCGGACUGAAAGUUAGGCAGUGGCUGACUUCAACCAGUGUUCAGGCGGUGUCUAACCUAGCGACGUUACGGGACAGCGGCGGAGAUGCCCUGGUAAAGUCGGCGGAGUUGUGCUGCGGGUGUUUGGGAAAAAAAAGCGAGAGGACCUAAACAUGAUGUUCACCGGAGCUGAUAGCUGACACUGUAGAAUGAGAGAGGAUGGAACAGACAGACAGCCCUGCCUCAGAGAGCAGCAACCCUAAUGGGUUUGUCAACCGAGUGUUCAACGUUUCUCUGGAUGUGGAGAACGAGACGGGCAGCGUUUGCAUUCAGGAGACAGGGCUGGGGCCUGUUGAGGUGCAGAAAGAGAGCCAAGCCGCCUCCUCUCAGACCCCUGUCAAGGACAGACAGGAGGUCAACCGGAGGGCCCGUGCCACGGGGGGCAUCUGGCGCAUCUUAAACAGAAAGCGAGCUGUCUCGGAGCUGGAAAGGAGGCCCCAUUCCAUGAUCUUGCCCGGGGAGGCGUCCAUCCCUAAACUCUCGUUUGCAGACAAAGUCCGGUCUUUUAAGAAGCUAAAAUCCCCCGGCGUGUUCAGAGGGAAAACAGGGAAGUUUUCCACUGCCAAGUUCACCGGCUCCCUGGUGGACGAGGACUCUUUCUGCCACGACAUCGGCACGCCGCCGCCGACCAGCAAAGACGCCCUCCGAAACAGAGGGAAGAGGCAUUCGUAUGCUGGCUAUACCUUAGACUUUGACUGCUCAUUUGAAGAGCUUGACCUCUCUGCGCCAGUAGAUGCCCAUCAGCCCGCUGUUACAGGAGAGGCUGUCGUCCAGAACGGCUGUAAACCUUCUGAAAGAGUGUCCUACACCAAAAGGAGCAACAACAACUCAAACAGCUGUAACAAGAUCAGCGCAGACUGCGAGGAGCCCGCCAUUAGAAGUGGCCCUAGAAGCCACCGUAGUGGCGGUAGGAGGCACAAAGAUGUGUGGAGUUACCUUAGGAGGAUUUCCCUCUUGGGGAAAAGCAAUCCCGUGUACUCGGAGAGAAGCUUCGACUCUGAGCUACCCUCGCUGGACAAAACAGUGGACUCGGACUUUGGGUCUGUAGACUUUGAGAGCGUCAGAGACUAUCAGCCGCCACCCCCGAAACCCUCGGACACUAAGGGACACUUCGGUGGUCUUUUUAAAUUUUUUAACAGCGUCGCCGAAUCCGCCAGAAAAUGGCGGACGACAUCCCGGUCCUUCUCUCCUCCAGAGGGCGAGAGGACACCGAUGACCACCCCGCGGGCCCCGCAGCGUUCAGUCGACAACGUUCACAGCGUUUCUCUGAGUCUGCGCAAUGAAGGAUCUUCGAAACCCCAAGCUACAGAAUCGUCGCCGAUGCCCGCAAACUCCUCGCACCGCAGGAGCUUAGACAGUGAGACUCCAGCGCCCGCUACUGGUGGACACUCCCCCAAAGUUGUCCUGAAGGCCUUUAGAGCUUCUUCGGGAUCCCAGGCUGUCAACGGCCUGCAGAACACGGACAACGUGACAAACCACAAAUCCACGGCUGUAGUAGAGAAUCACAUUGGGGAUUCGAGUUUAAACACAGAGUCUGAAGCUGAUGCUGCGCGGGAUCAGCUGAACGGCCUCUGUCCGGAGGAAAAGGUAGGGGGACAGAAAGGAAAUGAGCAGGAUUCCAGGGAUGCUCUUCUUGACUCCCACCAAGUACAGGAUAUGAAUGUCCAAUCACAACAAGGUGAUAAAGAGAGCACAACCAAUAGCAUGACAGCCUCAGAUUCUACUGAAGAAAUUUUCAAGCUGUGUGAGCAGAUUGCCAGCAAGACAGGCGGCAGUGUGAGGCAGCCCGGACAAGCCGUGCCCCAGUCUAGCACAGAGAAGACCUCUGUGCCUCACAGGCGGCUGCUCCAGCGCCCCCGACCCGCCUCGGCCGUCCUGGACCUGUGGAGGCCCAGCCCAGAACGAGAGCUCUACGGCCAUUACAGCGAGGUGGGCUCCCUGCCUCGGCUGAGACGCAGGCCCGCCGCCACCAUGCUGCACUCCCCGGGGCAGAGACGGAUGGCCGCGCGCUCCAGGCCUUGUUCUGUCAUAGAGAGCAGUGUUACUCGAGAGACGCAGUCGACGGAGCUGCCUCACAGAGCCUUGUCUCGCCCUCCGGGAGUGUCACCACUAGAGCCCCCGCAAAGGGCAUCUCUGCAGCGGUGUCGCUCCCUGCCUCUUCCCCCCAGCACCCUCACUGCCUUGGCUUUGCUCCUGCCUACGUCAGCGGACAUGGGCCAGUCGUCCUCGUCUGUGCGCCUGAGGUCUGGAGGCUCCACCAGCUGCAGGAGGAAGAGGCUGCUAAGACCCGGGUCAGAACCACUUCAGGUCAACAUAUUGAUAAGUGGAGGCUCGGUUGUCAACGCUGAGGCGGUAUGGGACCAUGUGACCAUGGCGGAUCGGGAGCUGGCGUUUAAGGCCGGCGACGUCAUAAAGGUGCUGGACGCCUCCAACAAGGACUGGUGGUGGGGCCAGAUUGAUGAGGAGGAAGGAUGGUUCCCUGCCAGCUUCGUGCGGGUGGAACCCCACCCUCCUCAGCCCCAAACAAAACAGGUUUUCUAUAUCAACCCCAUAGCAACUCCACGGUUCCAAAACACCACGUCAAAGCUGUGGGUGAACCAGGAGGACGGUGCGGCAGAGCCGGCCGAGGGGACCAGCGAGGUGCAGAACGGGCACCUGGAUCCGACCAAUGACUGCCUGUGUCUGGGCUCCCCCCUUCAAAACAGAGACCAAAUGAGGGCUAACGUCAUCAAUGAGAUCAUGAGCACAGAGAGGCACUACAUUAAACACCUCAAGGACAUCUGUGAGGGUUACUUGCGCCAGUGUAGGAAGCGUGUGGACAUGUUCAAUGACGACCAGUUGAAGGUCAUUUUUGGAAACAUCGAGGACAUUUACCGCUUCCAGAUGGGCUUUGUCAGAGAUCUGGAGAAACAGUACAACACAGAGGAGCCGCACCUCUCUGAAAUCGGCCCAUGCUUUUUAGAACAUCAAGAUGGAUUCUGGAUCUAUUCAGAAUACUGCAACAACCACUUGGACGCCUGUAUGGAGUUAAGCAAACUGAUGAGGGAUGGCAGGUAUCAGCACUUCUUCGAGGCUUGUCGCCUCCUCCAGCAAAUGAUCGACAUCGCCAUAGAUGGCUUCUUGCUCACCCCUGUCCAGAAAAUCUGCAAAUACCCCCUACAGUUGGCCGAGCUUCUCAAAUACACUGCACAAGACCACAGCGACUAUCGAUACGUGGCAGCCGCCUUGGCCGUAAUGCGGAACGUCACUCAGCAGAUCAACGAGAGGAAGAGGAGGUUGGAGAACAUCGACAAGAUUGCCCAGUGGCAAGCCUCAGUGCUCGACUGGGAGGGAGAUGAUAUCUUAGACAGGAGCUCUGAGCUUAUCUACACCGGAGAGUUGUCAUGGAUCUAUCAGCCGUACGGACGCAGCCAGCAGCGAGUCUUCUUCCUCUUUGAUCACCAGCUGGUGCUCUGUAAGAAGGACCUGAUACGCCGGGACAUCCUGUACUACAAGGGCCGCAUCGACAUGGAUCGUUACGAAGUCCGGGACGCCAUCGACGGCCGGGACGACGACUUUAACGUCAGCGUCAAGAACGCUUUCAAGUUGUACAACAAAGACAGCGAGGAGAUCCACAUCUUUCUGGCCAAAAAGCCAGAGGAGAAGAUUCGCUGGCUCAGGGCCUUCCACGAAGAGAGAAAGAUGGUGCAAGAGGACGAGAAAAUCGGUUUCGAGAUCUCUGAGUACCAGAAGCGGCAGGCGGCCAUGACAGUGAGAAAGGUGACCAAACAGAAAGGUGUAAACAGGUGCACGCCCCCCUCAUACCCGCCCCCGCAGGACCCCCUCAGCGCGGGCCAGUAUGAGGUAACGGAGGACAUGGCACAAGGAGAGGUUUUUGAAUUCAGUCAAUCCAAAAGAGGCCAGGGGCCUUUCUGGCAGAAUUUUAGUAGAUUAGCUCCAUUUAAGAAAUAGAGGAACACAGACUCUUCUGAAGGACCAGCUAUUUUUCUUAGAAGCACUAAACACUGGAUGAUUAUCUUCCACGACGAAGAAAAUACAAAAACCACAAAUACACACGAGACUCUGAAGUUAAGGACCAAUGUUGUUAUAUGAUUUGAUCGGAAACACCAAGAGGACUUUGAGACUUGAAUUUAGAAAUCGAGAAAAAAAAAAAUACACCUUUACAACAAUUCAUAUUUGUUAGUAACGUUCUUAGUCAUCAUGCUUCUCCAGCUGACUCUGCUGUCACGAACUCUUUCCCUCGGAUUCUGCACAUUCACACCUUCUGAAUGUUUUGGAGUUAUUGAGAUUGUUAGAUGAUUUCAUUUUGAAUCCAUCAUCAUCAUCGUCAUCAUCAUCACCAUCAUAUGGAAAACGCAACCCCGCGAGGUUAAAGCUGGGUCGGUCCCCGUUUGAAUGCGACCUCGCUGCUCUGCGAUCCUUCUGAAUGUGAGUUCAGGUGACGGCGCGGGAAUCGGAUGUGUUCAGGACCUGCCCAGCUCCGCGAUCCCAGACGGAUCAGGCCGCCCCGCCUCCGCUCCGCUGAUGCCUGCAUCUGGAAACUGUCCACGCUCAUUUCUCUCUCUGACGGCGUACUUAUGAUAGCCCCUCUUCGUUUUUUUUAAUGUUCUGGCUUCAAGUCUUCCCUUCCUGCUCCUCUUGUCCUCUCUAUCUCUAUCCACCUGCUCAGCAUCUGCGAGUCAGUGGCUCUCAGAGGAAGAGCUUCAUUCUUCUGGAAACCUGCCAUCGGCCAUGAUAUGACAGGUCAGGGAACAAAUCAAUAGUCGGAACAUCAAUAGAAUAUUUACAUCCUCUCGCCAACUGCUCGUGACAGGGUAUUCACAUCGGCUCACACUGAUGCUCAGCGUGUCCCGCUCAGAUGAGCCGUCUGGGAGCGGGAGAUAGGCAGGUUCCGGUCUGCCUGCCUUGCAUCACAGCCCCCCACCACCACCACCACCGCCGCCACUCUCCCCAGAGACCACCCCUGUAGCACUGUGCUGGCAGCUUACUGGGUGUUUGGAAAGAGCACAGCCUACCUCCAGAAACGAGCAGUAAAAGUCAAGUUGAUGCAUCGGCCAAGGUCCAAAAAAAAAAAAAAAAAAAAAAUCUCUUUCUGACAUGUUGCUCUAAAGGGGGGGGGGGGGUGGACUUCUUGAGUUGAUUUUGUAGUGUUCACACUGUAAAAUAUAUCCAGUCUUGAGUUCUUCUGCUCUCAUUUGAAUACACGGGAUACAAAUAUGCAACGCUACAGUGUGGGGGGAAAAAAAAUUAGCCAGAAUCAAUCCCACCCGCCACGCUGGUUAUGGACAUUUUGAGUCUGUUCUGGUUUUAAACGAGAAGCGACACCGCGGGGAGGGGAGUAGAAAGGUGUGUUUAAUCUGUAGCAUGCACCGUCCCUCCUGACACAUUCAGUAAUCUUCAAAAUCUCGCCUCGCUCCCCGCCAACACCACCACCACCACCCUCCUCCUCGCCCCCCUCCGUCACGUCACUUUCUAGAUCUGAUCCGUGUUCUGGCAGUUUGUUCUGGCACCUUUAAGUGAUUUACAAAGGACCGAGGCCUGAUCAGAUUGAUUUGUUUAAUCAACAAAGUCCCCGCGGCUGCUUUGGGAGAGAGAUCCUCGCCGCAGAGCCCUUCUGCUGUGGUGUUCAGAUAAGGGAGGAUCUAAGGAAGGGGGGGGGGGGGGUAGGGGGGGGGACGGCCGAUUCUGCUCUCGGAAUGUAAGUGACCCAUCUGUCCACGCUCUGUGAUCCUGUUUUUGACCUCAGAAGUACAUUUUGUGUUGAAUUAUAUCACCCAAUGGACAGUGCAUAUUACAGUAUGACAAUUGUGCAAUGUGAUAUAUCAUUAUAUAUCUUCACUACUCACUACAGUGUGCUAUGAAAGAGAUAAAUAUCGUUCUAUGUCAUUUUUUUUUUUGUGUUGCCUUCUUAUGGGCCUUAUAACCUGUUGGAAACCAGAACCUUAGACUUGCUUUGUACGUCGUGUAAUUUAUGUUCCGUUUCAGUAAAGAAGGUUGAGAAACGGGUGAGUUGGCUGCUGGUGUCGGUAGAGAUGGCUCCCGGUGAGAUUGUCUUGGAAGAUAAACUCUCGUGCCUGGCACAGCAAAAAGAAAUGGUUCCCAGGCCAUGAUAACCUCAGGUCCCGUGCUACACCUAUCCGCCACCGACCCCCCUCCCACCACCACCCCCCGACUUUGCUCGCCGCCCCUCGGAUCAACACUACACACACACACACAAACACACACACACGAGCAUAACACACAACACAGAUGCACAAUCACUUGCUGGCCCGUUCUGCUGCGGAGAGGAGAGAUGCUAUCUAACAGUGCCUUCCAGCAUUCCACUAGUGAUUAUCUAUUCAGUUUUCACUGGCAGAUUUCAAUUAGUCAUGUAUUUUCCCUUCAGUGCAUUUCUUCCUUUCUCUCUUCUUCUCGUCCGCACACUGGGAAUUCCUCGUCGCCUCCCCCCCACUACCCCAUACUCCCAGUGUGGGAAACGCCAACGAAUCAGACGGAAACUCAAGGGGUCAGGCCUUUCUUCCCCCCCACUACACACACGAGUACUCACUUUAUUGUCUGACUGAAACACUUUUAAACACUUUAUUAUUGUCUUACACUCGCCUAGCUGCAGUCAACUUGCACAGAGAGGAGGUUUGUCCGAAUUCCAGCUGCGUAGAGCUCUUUUGUUGUCCGUAUAACUUGCAGAGAGAGGAUUUGGUUUGACUUUAGAGUAGGAAACGGAUUCGCAUUGCUCCAGUUAGAUUUCGCAUUUCAGAGUAUAUUAUUAAUAGUGAGUUACGAAUCAAGAGAAGUCAUCUAUUUUAACUUUAUCUGCUCCACUCUUGUAAAUAGUGUAAAAAGAACAGAUCAUAUAUUUGGAUAUUUUGCGUUGGAGACGAAUGUUGUUCCCGUUCUAGCGUGCGGUAGACCUCAGUACCAGGUAAAUGCAUGCUUGUGGCAUCCGAUAUUUUGCAUGAGACUUAAGGCAACUCUUAACAGGUCAUUCCCGUUCAUCGAACGUCCGAGCGCCAUUUCCGUUCCUCCUCCCCCCCCCCCCCCCCAUAGCGGAACCAUUCCUACACGCGACGCCAUGCCAUCUCACUAAAGGGAGUUCUUUUCUCUGUCCGCCUGUAUCCUGCUCACUUCAUGCUCCAAGUUGAAGCCUUUUUUAAUUUAAUUUUUUUUUUUUUUAUUUAUUGCCACAUAGGGCAGCGUGUCAGUCUCUCAUGCCGAUUCAAGCACCUGUUGGGUGGAACGACAGGCGCCGAUGGUCUCCAUGCCCAGAUAAAAAUGGGUACUUUAAAACCGCAGCUUUGCUGUUAGCACACUUUUCUUUCAUCCUGCAGAUUGUUUAUUUUAUUUUAUUUUUUAUUUUAUGUUUUGGAGCGCCAUCAUCCAGCGGAGGCAAAACGGGUAUAAUUUUUCUAUGACAACAGUGAACCAAAUAGGAGUUAGCUCUGAUCGCGGCUGGUCAUGUAUAGAUUUGUAGUCGAACAGAAGACGUGAAGACACGUGAAAUCCCCCUCUUUACACGAGCUAAAGCUAGAUCCACACAUUAAAAUCAUUCUGUAGUUUAAGUAAUUACUUGACAUGAAAAUUUACUAUUCUAUUUAUUGAUAUCAGUAUUAGGUCAUUGAGUUUGGGCCAAACUGCUUAAAUAAUGUAUAUAUUGGAUUUGUUUCUUCUUAUAUAACUAUCAAUCUGACCUUUUAGGAGUCCUAAAGAGCAGCCAUCUGUCCACUUUGAGGUUCUUUUUUUUUUUUUCCCCGUCUCUCUGCUCGUGUACGCCAAGCUAGCAGACCGCAAGUCAUCAGAGAAUGUUUCGAUUUUUGUCAUCCUUGUUUUUAUUUUUUUUUUAUAGUCCAGGGUUAACUUGAGCAAGUAACCAUCCGCGUUCAGCUGGCAACAUAUAUGAGAACCCCUUUGACUUCUGCAUAUUUUGUAACCUUACAACCGCUAACUUUAAUGUAAUAAUUUGACUUGAUAGACCAACACAGAGUAGUGGGUAACAGUGAGGUUGAGGGGAAUGAGGGAUGGUUUUCAGUAAAAAUCUGAACGGUGUGGCAUGCAUUUCUAUUCAGCCCCUCUUAGUAUGAUACCCAAAAAUAGAAAUGUUCAUAAAUCACCUGAUUUGUAAAUUAUAUAUAUAUUAUGAAAAUUCUAAAAACAAUUUGCUAAGCUUAUUACAUGUUACAGAGCACUGUUUAAUCCACCAGUUGAAAAUGCGGUGUAUGGCGCAGCUGCAAGCAUACUAAGACAUGGACAUCCACUUAAAACUGACUAGCCUAGCAAGGGGAGCGUUAAUCAGAGAAGCAACCAAAAGGUCCAUGAUAACUCUGGAGGAACUACAGAGAUCUACGGCUCAGGUGGGAGAAUCUGUCGAAAGGAUUGUUAAAAAUCGUGCAUUCCUCACAUCUGGUCUCUAUUGAAGGGAGGCAAGAGGGAAGCCAUUAUUCAACAGGACUCAUCAACAGGCUCAUUUACAAUCUACCAUAUUCCACGUAGGGGACACAGCAAGCGUGUGAAAGAACAUACUCUGGUUAAUCAAGACCAAUAUGGAGCUUUUUGGCCUACAUGCAGAAAAUAUUGGCGGAGGAAAACCACCCUAAACCUACAGCCAGAGCUAAAAUGAAAAGGUUUGAAAUCAAAUCAAAGUCAUGUUAUGAAAAGUCAAAUUCUGAUUGGGAGUUCAUAGCAAGACUUAAAAGCCAAUGCACACAAACGCUCUCCAUCCACUCUGACUGAGCUUUAGUUCUUUUGCAAAGGAGAAUAUGUAAAAAUGUCGCCUUCUAGACUGGCGGAGAGAUACCCCAGAAGACCUGCUGCUGUCACUGCAACAGCAGGUGGUUCUGCAAAGUAUUGACCAUCGGGGCUGAAUACAAAUGCCGGCCAUAUUUUUCAGAUUCUUAUUUGUCACAAAACAACAACAACAACAAAAAUAACGUAUCCUUUUCGUACGAGGUUUCUGGUUGUAAUGGGACAAAAUGUGAAAAAGUACAAGAGGGAUAAAGAUGUUUUGUAAAGGCACUGUUGCACAAUUCUUCAGUAGUAGUUCCUCACGGCUGAUUAUAAGGUCCUGUGUUGUUCCAGAAUAGUCAGGGUACAAAGUCUUCAACGAGCCAUAUAUUCAUGUGGUGUUUAGUGACAACGAAAGACUUCAGUCCCCACACUUGGAAACUUUUCAUUGUAUAAUACCAUCGAGUUUGAGAGUCCGGAUUUUUUUUUAUUUCAAUUUUUUUUUUUUUUUUUUUUUGCUGUCACAGAGAAAUGUGUUCCACAUCGUUUGACACCAUAUGCAAAGUGUUUUCUUUUUCUCUUUAUUUCCUUUCUUUCUUUCGUUCCUUCUUUCUUACUUUCUUUCUUUCUUUCUUUCUUGCUGGCCUUUUAUUUGUUGUAGAAAUGGAUAAAAACCUGAAAAAUAAUGCCUAUUCAAUCCAGAAACUGUGAAUGGGAGAGUGGAGAUGUCAACUGUAUGUACAUUAUAUGUUUUGAUGUAAUCAGAAGCACUGGGAAUAUGUUGUAUUUCGCUGUAAAGAAAAAAAAAUAAAUCCAUAUCUGAUAUAGCUGUACUUUUGUUGAAAAUAAAACCUCUACAGAA